UACUCAGUUCGCUUGCGGAUAAUACAAAUACAAAUUCUGAAAAUUAUUUAACGCACUUGAUUGUGAGAACGGAGGCCGGAAAUUCGUUUCUAAUAGCCAAUAAGGUCAGGAUGAUUUAAAAAAAAUGUUGAGGUCCAGAAAAAUUUAUUAAAUAAUAUAAAACAUAUUAUAUGCUCAAGUGAACUUUAACUGACCAAGAUGUCAAAAUUAUUAUUCAAAUUUUUUUUUUUUUUUAUUAUUCAAAAUUUAUAUUUUUAUUAUUUAUUAUUAUCUUUGACAGCUGCUGCACUGCUGCAGUGUCCAACAACUUCCACUGAGAAUACUAGUAUCAAUAUUAUUUUUAUUAUUAUUUUUAUUUAGGUACCUACCUUUUAUAAUAUUAGUUAUAAAUAAAGUUAGGUUAGGCUUUUGCAGUUCUGCCGAGUGCUGAAUGCAAAUUCAUCAUGUUAAUAAAGUAGUAAUAAAGUAAUAAUUAUUUAAUUAUUGUGUUUGUAGACGCAGGCAAGUGACAACAAUAAUAUCGUCUAUCAUAUUAUUAUUGUUUUUGUGACACUGUCAACACAAUACACAUGGCGUCCUUGUAUAAAACUACAAAACAUACACACAAAAAACUUCUUAUGUCCCGGGGUUUUUCCCAAAACGAAGACGCUGCAUUAAUUAAUAAUAAACAAACGGUCGUGUUUACCAGACUAAAUUGAAAAUAGUUAUUCAUAUCUUUAUUUCGGGCCACGAGUUCGAGACGUUCGCGGUGUCGACGAAUAAUCGUCUCCCCAUCCCCGUCCCCACCACUAUAUUUUAGUCUUUUAACUAAUAGUUUUGUCGUCACUGGUCACUCGUCGGCUGUCGCCAAUCUGAAACUGUUAUCCGUUUCGGCAAUCAACCGCCUUAUGCCUAUAACCUAACCGACGAAUUUCGAUUUUCGAAACGCAAAUACGCAUUAUAGUCGCGAAUAAUAUGGACCAGUCUAUGUUGUCAUUCGUCUUGACACAUUUGCCAGACAACUGGGACACCAAUGUCUCUUACACAACUAGCCAUGUGUUGCGCGUUUUAAGCAGGUCGGAAAAUGCUGGUGAAUACCAGUUUGUCGAAGCCAUGUUUUAUGGAGCAAACAUCAGUCAGAUUAUAAGGGUGCAGAAUCCGUUUCAAUAUGGAAGAUAUAUGUUGAGGCGUGAAAUGCUUAAUUCUACUUAUGAAAAUACUGUUUUUCACGAAGUUCAUAGAGAUGAUUUGAGCACGGCAUUGAAAUUUAACUGUGAUUAUAGAAGAUAUACUAGAAAACGAGAGGGAAUAUAUGAAAACUCUCAACAUCCAAUGUUUUAUAAUUCAUUCUCGGAUUUGUUAAACAAAACUAUAAAUUCUAUUUCAAACAUUAAUGUCUUAGUUUUAAAAAUUAUGACUAAAGCACCAAAGACACAAUGCGACUAUUAUAUUCAGUAUGUUGUUAAAUUUUGAUUUUUUUUUCUAAUUAAAAAACAAGAUUUUAAUUGAUUGAUUUUUUUUUUACAUUAAAAAGCAAGAUUUUAAUUGAUUAAUUUAAUUUUGAUUAACUACUGUUGUAAAAAUAUAUUUUUUUUUUACAUUUCCAAAGACCUAAAUUAUUUACCAAAAUAAUUAGACCAACGCAAUUUAACGCAAAGUGAAGAUUUCUUAAAUUAGGUACCUGUGAUGAAAACAAUUUUUAAGUCGUACCUGUUGUACUUAUUAUAUUAUACUUAAAUGUACGCUUUAACAUAAUUAUAAUUAUGUUCAAUCAAUGUAUGUUGGUAAAAUAAAAUAUUUCUUUAAUGAGUAAUUUGUUUUAAGUAUAAUAUAUUUUAAUUAAUUAUAUUUCACUAUUUUAUAAUAUUGUUAAUAAUUUUUAAAUGUGUUAUUACACAACAUGCAUUAAAUAAUCAUGUUUUCAUUCAUUUUAUGUUAUUACUAUUUAUGAUUUUAUGAAUAUAAUUGUUUUGUAGUUCUAUUUUAUUGUUUACUUGUCAAUUUUUCAUACCAUAAAUCCUUAUAUACUGGGUGAUUCAUAAAGCAUGCUCACCCAUAUUAUUCUCUUUAAAAUUAAUUUGUUCAAAUUCUGAUUUUUGGAAUUUUCAAAUACCUAUAUA